CCUUAUCUCAAUAUAGCUAGUAUCGCCAAUGAUGAUGUCAUGACAUGCUCCGCACCUCAAUCAACCUUCGCAUCCGGACCCUGGAUUUCCUAAUCGGGAAGAUAUCACCGUCACAUGGAGCCAACCGCCUUACAUAACAGUGACAUCAACCUUUUCCAGCUCCAGACUUAUCUCACAUUACUACAAAGCCCGCAUCCAAACCCUGCUCAACUUUCCCAAUACCAUGUGAGACAAGGGCAAAGGCAACCCAGAAACAUGGAGAUAUACAGCGCCAGCCCAACGCCGCUAGGCGAACUAAGCCACUCCCUCCACGAUUACUCAAAAGGAGGCAAAGACACGGCAACAUCAUACAGGCCAGGCGUCCCCAGCAGUAGCAGCGGUAGCAACCUCAGCGACAUCGGUCUCGUCAAAUCGACCAUCCUCCCCUCCUUCACGCUCAACACAGCCAUCUCAGUCGCAACCUACGUCGCCGCACGCACCGCCAACAGAGCCGACCUCAAAGACUGCGCCUGGCCCGCGACACAGGUCCUCAACGCCUGGUGGGCCGCCCUCGGCCAACCGAUCUUCUCCCACCGCCACAACAUCACCCGCGCUUCGCCCUCGCUAUGCACCACCUGGCGCGGCAUCCCCUGGUCGCAGAAGGUGCUUCUGGGCUGCGUCACCGCGUGGGGCUCGCGCCUGCUGUACCACAUCGCUGCGCGGUCCGUCGAGCGCGGAAAGGACGAUGCCCGCUACGAGGAGAUGAAGAAGCAGGAUCCUGGCUUUUGGGACAACGCGCUCUGGAAGGUGUUCUUGCCUGAGGCGGCUGCGUUGACGAUCAUCUCGCUGCCGUUUACGGUGCCGUUCCGGCUGCCGGGGCAGGGCGUGCUGGAUUUGAGCCGCUGCUGCGGUGGGGUCGAUGUUGCGGGUGUGGCGAGGACGCUUGGGGUGGCUGUCUUUGGGGUUGGGUUUGCGUUGGAGGCGUUGGCGGAUUUGCAGUUGGGGCUGUAUAAGCAUAAGAGGGGGGAUUUGUGUCGCGAGGGGGUGUGGAGUGUUGUGAGGCACCCUAAUUAUCUGGGUGAUGCCCUCGUCCACGCUUCAUUCGCACUGCUUAACAUCGCCAACGGUCUCAACCCCGUGGUGCUCCUUGGCCCCGUGGCCAAUUACCUGUUCCUCCGCUUGUUUGGCGGCGACAAGGAGAACGAGACCGGACAGGAGGAGCGAUACACCAAGUAUGACAAGGAGAAGUACGAGCAGCUGCAAGCGUGGCGGCAGGAGAAGAACCGGUUCUGGCCCGCGCUGAGCGAGAUCUCGAACCCGUGGUCGUGGGUCGUGCUCGGCUGCGGAGUGGCCGGAGUUGUCAUUGAGGAGAGCGUCCGGGGAUGGGUCAUGUCUUGAUCUCAAUCUUGAUCUUGAUCACCAAAAUGAUAUUGUUCCAACCAUGUCCGCGGUAUGUAUGUACUCAAAAGUAACGAAAAAAAUAUAUACUAGUAUAUAAUAAGGGGCGUUCGUGAUGUGUGUCGUGAGUCAGCGAUUAAUAGGCCUUUCCUCUCUUAUACUCAUUCACCAGCUCCUCGCCCCUCUCCAUUCGUCCCAGAUUCUCUUUCAGCACGUCAAGCGACCGCGGGAAGUACUCCUUCCCCAGGGAGCUCACAUGCGGACUGAUGUGGCAGUUGGGCGCCUCCCACAGCGGAUGAUCAGCCGGCAGGGGUUCCGGAUCGGCGACAUCGAGCGCCGCACCACCCAACACACCCGUCGUCAGCGCCGCGAUCAACGCAUCCUGAUCGAAGACCUUCCCGCGGGAGAUAUUGGUGACAAACGGCCUCGGCCGCUGCGGCGACACAGCAUCGGACAAGAUACGGAACUCCUCCUCGCCCAGCAGAUGCGUCGUCUGCGGCGUCAACGGCAGCGACACGACGAGAUGGUCGAGGCCCAGGCUCAGGAACGCGCGGACCGACUCCCUAUCCAUCCCGUGGUGCCACGAUACGGGGAUCGCGC